CCACACUUAAGCUCACUUCAUUCACUUCAUUUGAGAAAUCACAACCAAAAUAGAAUAAACCCACCUUCUGUCGUCUUCUUCAACCUCGUCGCUUCCAGAUCUAGUGCUAGACCAUGGCUGGCAGCAAGAAAACCGGCACUGCAUUUGGUGCCGCCGGAGCUUCUUCCCCUCAAACUGAUCCUCCAGAACAAACGGACCCUGUUGACAUCUUCGAAAACCGAGAUCUGCGAGAAGAGCUUUCUUCGGUUUGUAAUCAGGUACCAAAAGGCUUUUCAGACCAAAUUUUUCUUGAAACUUCAGAUUCUUUAAUUCUGGGUCCUGUUUUCACAUCGACACCUCCUUCAAAUUUGCAUGCUCUGUAUCCUCAACCUCACAGACAUUUCCUCCCCUUCCAACUCGAACCAGACUGGGAACCUUGGCUUGGCAGAUUUGGGUCUUGGCCAACUAACAAAUCUGAUGAUUGGUCUGCUUGGGUUACUCGGUUGGAAAAACCCUUUGGGAACACAUGGAAAACAUUGGGUCUGUAUGAAUUUAUUCAAAUGACCACCUACCAGACAUCCAUGGAUAGGGUUUUGCUUGGAACUGCCUUGCUGUUUUGGUCUGGGUCUUAUAAUUGUUUUCAUUUCCCUUGCGGUGCUAUGUCUGUCACUUUGCUUGACAUUUGUUCUCUUACUGGUCUGCCUUGCGUUGGAGAAGAAAUCACAGCCUUAUUGAGCGUCCCGAGUGCUGAUUUUGACACAAAAUCCAUUCUACCCUCCUACAAUGCCUUUAUUAAAGCUAGCCAGCAACCAUCUGAAGCCCCAGACGUGAGAGAACAUACUGCAUUUCUGCUAACCUUAAUUUGCAAAUUCAUUGUCUGUGUAGCUGGAAAAGGACCCACCAAGGAGUAUAUUACUCUGGCCUUGGCUUUAGCUCAUGGUAGGCGUCUGGCACUUGCUCCAUUUCUGUUGGCUAGCCUUUAUCGAAGCUGUUAUGAUGCUACUGUUUAUCCGUUCAGCCUCUGUGGUGGUCCUUUGUGGCUUUUGCAGCUUUGGUUAUACUGUUAUUUCCCAACUUUGGCUCCUAUUCUCAAGCAGCUGCCUACUGAAAAAAUUCUUACUUAUGGCAUGAUUUACAAAGAUGCCACAUUUGAAGACAAACCUGUUAGGACUCAUGAAACUUGCUUCCAAUUUUUUACUUCCCUCUCCAUCGAUAAACCAGACUUUGAAUUUGCUCCAUUUCUAAGCAGGCAAUUUGGGCCGGACUGUAGCAACUGUAAAAAGAGUGGGGCUGAGCUCUAUGCCCUUAACCAGUUCAGCCGGCAAUUAGGCUAUUGUCAAGGAAUUCCAGUACCUCCCAUGUUCUCUUUCAACCACUGCUUCCCUCUUCGCGACACCAUGAAAGGACCUAGUGUGGUCUCCCAGUGCUUAGCCACUUCAAUGCUUGCUCUUCAGAAUAUAAACCUCCAAGAUCCGCCAUUCAAACCAAAAUGCACUAUGGCGUAUAAGGAAUGGUGGAAGUCUUAUUUUACGCCAAGUUUUUCUGGUGUGGCCAAGAACUUUAUCAAUCUUCUUCCUUCUUCACAUUCCAGCCAGCCUGUAGUAAACAUAGAACCUCAGACUGAUGAUACAAUACCAGAUUCUGCUGCUUCACGUCGCACUUUGGCAAAAAGAAGGGCAAUAGCCAAGCGGAAGGCGUCUAGCAUGGCAAGUCCUGAAAUAGACAAGGCAUCCCACCAGGCUCCCAAAAGAGGAGGUAUCAAACGAGCAGCCCAAAAACCUCCUUCAGUUAAAAGGUUGGCCACAAUGCCUCCAUCUUCUCCCUCUGAAGCCUCCUCGGCUGUUGAUCUUGCUAACAAGAAUUUCAAGACUGUCAACCCAAAUGAAGUGAUCGAUCUCUCUCCCAACACCAAGAAGACAACCACUUCCACUACAUCAACUCCAUUUCAAGCCAGCUUUCCAACCCCCACAAUUUCAACUCCUCCAACUACCAUUGAUGAUGCCAUGGAAGACGAAAUCUUUGCCAAGUUUGAGAAAUUGACAAGUCCUCCAAUGUCAAGAGAGUUACGUUUGACAAGAAAAGGAAAAUUGGUAAUUGAGAGUACUGGCUCAGACACGCCAAUACCUAGCCCAGAACAGAUCAGCAUCGCUAUCCAGACCUUAGAAGAGCUAAUUAAUGGAGAUCCAGCAAACUUCUAUCGCCUUCCAGACCAGCCAACCAUCAUCAGCGCCGCUAAAAUCUUAAGUCACUCGCUAGAUUUGUCUGUAACUCAGAAAAAAUUCUGGACUGACUUCCCUUUUAUCUUCACAGAUUUUUGCAGGCGCUUUGCAGUCAAAUCAGAUGCUAUAGAGAAAGCUGAGUCUGCCCGUAAAACUCUGGAUGAUGAGACUGCAACUUUGGUCAGCAAGAAGGCAAAAUGUUUAUCCAUAAAGCAUAAUCAUGAAGCUCAGCUUAAAUGCAUACAGACCACACAAGGUGAAAUCCAACGUCUUGAGGCAGAAUUAUCCAGACUCCGUGAGCAGCUUUCUUCCCAGGAAGAAUUUGCAAAUACCUUAUCUGAUCAAAGGACUCAAGCAUUUGCUGAAUUAAAUUCUCACAUCGAUCAUGCCGCCACUUUGCAGUAGACUCUGGAAAGGCUUACAGACUCUACUGACCAAGCUGAAGAAGAGCUCACUUUCAUGAGGAUGGAAUGGAGUGACUAGCGCAACCAUUUCCCUUAAGUUUCUUGCUAAUCCAUUUCACUGUCUAAAUCAUUUUUGAUUCUGCAGCCUAUGGCUAUUAGCCACAUUAUAAACUUACUUUUGAACU